AUGGACGCUGCGAGCUUCACACCAAGUCAGAACAUCACACAUGUCAAGAUAAAGGAGGUCGAAGGCUUCGAUGAACACCGUGAUUGCAGCAGAGUCUUACCAGCCGAUCCAAACUACAGUUACGAAAUUGAGUUCGAUGAACCAUACCAUGCCACAGCAUUUGAGCGAGAUCUUAAAGCAUGGAGAUUUGAGCAGGCUUCAAAGGCCAACAAGAAAAGCAAGGGAAUGCCUGAAAUAAAAAUUGCUGAAAUGGCUCUUGCUUGCGAGUGUGUUGAUGUGAAGGAAAGGAUGAAAGAGAAGGUCAAAGAGUUGAACAAAACGGCGAUGUCAGACAAGCCGGAGCAAGAUUGUCUAGAAUGA